AUGCCGGCAGAGCUUCAGUUCGAGGAUGGCAAGUUGAAAUUCCUCAGCGGCGAAAGGUUAAUAGCUCUGAGCGUGGGCAAGGCCACCAGGUUUCAACCCUUCUUGGAGGAGAUUCCCGCGAAAUUGCCCUUCUAUGGGCUCCCCUGGUCGCUACCUGCCCUGUAUUUACAAACCGUUUGGGUCUACUGCUGUUUGACCUUGCCCAUGCUGUACCAUCGCAUCAUGGCCACGCUCUUUGGCCUCGAGACUUUGGUCACCAUGAAGGCCCCCCUGACGCAAUCCACGUCGAUUCGGGACUUCUGGGGUCGGAGGUGGAAUCUCAUCGCCUCUCGGCUGGGAUGGAGGGUACACAAUUUGAUGAAGCGGUGCUUCUUUAUGCCGUUUCAGCAUGGUGGACCUGUGAAGAAGAACAUUGCAGGCUUUGUGUCUUUUCUCAUGUCCGGUGUCUUCCACGAAUACAUGUGGUUGAUGCUCCACCUAGCCCGGCCCGAAGGGAGCCGCUACUCUCCGGGCAAGGUCUUGGUCUUCUUCGUGCUGCAAUAUUUGGCCACAGCUGUGCAGGUGAUGCUCGUAAAGACGACCUGGCUGGGAAGACGCGGCUGGGGUAUGAUGCCCACUGUGCUGCAGACGGUGGUGACAACCAUUUGCGUUUUGCCUUUCGGGCCCCUCUUCUUGGAGGGGGUUCACGACAUGAUUAACGAGAGCAGCUUGAUGCCGGCCGUUGAGCUCCUGUGA